UCCGACACGGCCGUUAAUUUUUCGGAGAGUGUCUUGGCCCGGCCUCGACUGGGUCUUGUAGCGGAAUUGAAGUGUGACAUGGUGGAAUCAGAGAUGUGUGAGUCAGAAGGUCCCUUGCCAGACUCCGACACAGUCUCGCAGCCCUCCACGCGGACAAUCUGCCACUCCGAGUCAUCAGCUUUCCGCGGAUGUGACCCAGCGGUGCGCAAGAGUGAAGAAACCUCCAGCUGCCCUCUCCUCGUCCCUGCAUUCCUGUACAUGUCAUAUGAAAGCCCUGCAGUUAGUGGGGGAGACGAGAGAGUCUUGCUACCAGCAGACCCCUACCGCACACCUGCAGCUGUCUGGGAUGUGGACUGCAUCUCCGCAGGGAAGGAGGGGCAUCGUUCAGAGGUGAGAGAGGCAACUUACAGCAGUGAGCUCCCUGGUGAUGAGCUCUGGUUGGAUGCCUGCCAGUUCUUUGCACGUGAGGAGGAUGAGGGUUCUGUUUUGGAAUCACGACAAUCUGCAGGCUCCUGUCUCAAGAGAACCUGCACCAUACCGUUCCAUGCAGGGACAGGAGCUGCGUUUAGCCAGUGGGCCAGUGACCCGGAAGUGCCGCCAGCAAAGAGCUGGUCAUCCUCAGACAGCUGGGCCAGCGCUCUCUCCGACUGGUUCCCAUCCGUGACCUUCCCUCUGGAAGAUUCUUCCAAGAUGAGCAGCUCUUGUCCUGAUGAAGGCCAGCCACGGUGCAGCAUGGUCUCCCAGGACAGAGACGAGGUGGGGAGGGAGAGACCACGCAGACCCUCCAACAGUGGGCCAGGAGUCGGGGACGGGAGUCUGUCCCAGGGAGAUAACUCGAAGGGGCUCGGUCAGAGAGGAGAUAAGGACGUCGAUGACAGUCUCCAUGCUCAGUCACACACAGCCGAGAGUCAGCAUUCACCAGAGGAACCUGCAGACGCUCUGAAUGAGGGGAAGAUGGAAGUUGAGGUUGUGAGCCAGAUUGGCAUGGAUGACUACACAACAGGAGGACUAACAAACCAGUGUGGAACUCAGCUGGAGAGUGAUGCACUCUGGGAAGUGCGAGAAGACAGAACGUCCCAGUUCCUUUCAGGCGUCCAGGAGGAUGGUGAAGGGAGUUAUGGGCCCUUAAGAGUCUCAGCUUACCCCAGCGACAGGAAUUCCAAGCCUGGGUGGGAAGAGGAGCAGAAUCUCAGAUGCAGUCCCCAGCUACACACACACACACGCACACACCUUGAGUUGGAAACAGAACACCUGACACACACGCAUACACUCCCUGACUCGGAAACUGAGCACCCGACACACACGCGCGUCGCAGAGAGGAACUACCACUGCACAUCACACACUGGGACUCAAACCGAGUGUGUUAACACACAGGACCCGGGGUCACCCCAGGGGCCGGGGAGAGCUAGCGAGACGUCCUUUAUUAUGCCGCUUGUACCGGUCAGCAUUGGAGCCACGUUCCUCAGUCCUCCGCUGAAAGAGACGCACGCCAGCCUACAGACACUUUUAGCUCCAACGCUGUCAGGAGCUCCCGAGAAGAACACAGCUCACCAGAGCCAGCCAGCACGCAGAGGAGAGUCGUCCGGGACGUGCUGUGAGCACAGGUGCUCCUCAUCCUCGGAAGAGUCUUCCUCUCAAGACAAGGAGAUCGGGAAGGAAGCCGACGACAUCAGCGCGGAACUCUCGAGGCUGAUCUUACUCACGGGCAAGAGAUUUCUGGUCUCUGAAGAAAAGCGCAUAGCCUACGUCACUCUAGACCUGGACAGCACUGUGAACUUUACGAAGGACCCCGACAACCGAGGAGCAGAACAGUCUGGGAAUCGAGCCCCCUGUGAAGUGAAGCCCUGCUCCGAGAAAGCUCACAAAGCCAAGAUGCCUCACAAGACCUCCAAGACGUCGUCCGAGGGCAAAACGCGCUCCAAACACCGGCAAAGGAAAGCCAAUCAGCAGCUCCAGCCUCAGGCCGCGACACAGAAGAGCACGCGAGCAGAGCCGCUCGCAGCCCAAGGCAGCCCGGUCAGCACCAUCACUGUCAUAGAGACGAUCGCCAUAAAGGAAGAGAAAAUGACCCCCGAGUGUCAGGGGAAGAAGAAGAAGAAGAAGAAGCACGAUAAGGCUGAGAGCGCCGCCCCGGUGGCUGUGGAAAGUACUGUGAGGCCCGAGGCGGGGAAGCCCCAGGGAGGCGAGGCCACACCCCUCCCGCCAAAAGCAGGCCGCGCUCGAGAGAAGGCAACCCCGCCGUUGCCACCGACUCCCACGGUGAGUGCGGCCGUCGAGACCCCGGCGAUUGGACCUGACGUCGCCGUGGUGGGAAGGAGUGCAGCCGGCCCAGAACCACUCAGCACCCGCACGCCCCAGGCUCAGGAUGAUGACAUCAUCAAACGGAGACGCAUCUCAGUCAGAACGAGGCCGCAGCUGCCUACGAUCUUCCGGCAGAGGAAGGAGAACGAGGAAGGAUCUGGGAGGGCCCACGGUGACGUCGUCAGACAGAAGAUUCAGACGCCUAAAGAAGAACCCCGUGUGCUGGCAGAGAUCCAAGUGGCACCGGUGUUGGGCGACGCCCAGAGCAUCUCUCUUUGGUGUCAGUUCAGCCCGGUCUCAUCAGACGCCUCCAUCACAUGGACCAAGGAAGGAGUCAUGCUGUCUGAGGAGAAGAGGAGAGAGGGAGAUGACAGCCGUGUGACUCUGUCCAUUGAGAGGGCGUGCAGUAAGGAUCUGGGCAGGUACCGCUGUGCUCUGUCCAGCCUCCUGGGUUCCGUGUGCACCUGCGAGUACCACCUCACCUCGGAGGUUCUCAUGGAGUUCGUCAUUCCCAGCCAUGAUACAGUAGCUGAAUGUAGAGAGGUGGACGGUGAGGAAGAGGCUGUGCACUGUUCUCCUCUGCUGUUUAAGGACAGUAUCCUGACUGAUCAGUACUUCGGGGAGGACCAACCCGCCAGCAUAGUGACUGAGAAGACCCACUUUGGUGAGGGCAUGCAUCGCAGAGCCUUCCGAGCCACCCUAAGGGCCGGCGUGGUGUCCGGAUUCAGCCCGGGGCAUCCCUGCGUGCUAAAGGUCCACAACUCCAUCAGCUAUGGCACCAAGAACAACGAGGAACUCACCCAGAGGAAUUAUGACCUGGCUGUGGAGGAGUGUUUUGUGCAGAACACUGCCAGGGAAUAUAUCAAGGCUUACACAGACAUAGCCAAAUCUGCCGAGGCGUUCGGCGAGGUCCCAGAAAUCAUCCCCAUCUUCCUGGUGCACCGUCCAUCUAGCAUGGUCCCGUACGCCACGCUGGAGGAGGAGCUGAUUGGGGACUUUGUGAAGUACUCGGUGAAGGAUGGCAAAGAGAUCAACCUGACGCGCAGGGACUCGGAGUCGGGACAGAAAUGCUGCACCUUCCAGCACUGGGUGUACGAGCAGACUGAAGGCAACCUGCUGGUCACUGACAUGCAAGGUGUUGGUAUGAAACUCACAGAUGUUGGUAUUGCCACCUGUAAGAAAGGCUAUAAGGGCUUCAAAGGCAACUGUUCUACAUCCUUCAUCGACCAGUUCCAGGCCUUGCACCAGUGCAACAGGUUCUGUGAGCUUCUGGGUCUCAGCUCCCUGCAACCCAAACCCAAACGAACAGUGGCCCCGCCCAGCAAGGUCAAACCACAGCCCGGGCCCAAGAAACAGCCCUUCGGCUCAAUUCUCAAGGGCAAAUCCUGAUUGGACAGAAGCCCUGAACGUCGGACAUUCGCAGUGGGUGGGGUAGUUCCUUCAUAAUGCUGUGGAGUAGCAUCAGGGGCUUUCUGAUUGGCUAAUGACAUUAUGACAGAUGACACAGGAGGCUCGUGGAUGUGCAGGUGUAAUGUGAAGUGUGUGACUUUCCUAAACAGUGAUGGUUUUAUUCAAAAACAUGAAAGUUUAGCUUGUUAUCUGUUAAUUUUCACUUGCAGAGCAUCGAAUGGGUAUAUUUUGCUGGGCAUUUUGGGUUUUGUAGAGAAUUUAACAAUAUUUGUCCAAGAGUUUAAUUCUGCUUUCUAUAUGCUAUUUACAGUAAACAUUGUCACAGAGUAAUUUUCUAAAACUUGUACCAGACCAGAGAGCGCGUUGAGGAGGAAGCGUUAUAGUCUUCCCUCUACAAGGGGAACCUAACCCCUCCAUGCCACAUCACACAGUGCAAUUUUGAUAUGUAUAAAUUUUGCACUUUAGGAAGUUGGUUCACUCCAUUGUGUCAGUUCAGACACCUGUGUGUUAUUGUAUUGUUUGGUUUGACCUCUGACUUGCACAGAAUCAGCUGGUAUUUUUUUCUUUCUUUAAAAAGAAAAGCAAAAAAAAAGCUACACCCCAGGUUUCUAUCGGCUCGCUUGUCACGAUGUUGAUGCAGGCAACACCUGCACACAGCACCAAACGUCCACCAGAACGGGACGUUAUAGCGUUAUAUCCAGUACCUACUGAGGCCGACCCUGAGGUUCAGUAUUCUGAAGAAUGAACAAGAUUUUGAAGAUGUUUGAGUGCGAACAUUCAUCAUUUAGUUUACAAUUAUUUAAUAUGAAGGUGUACAUAUUUUUCUAAUAAAUACUUAGUUACAACUAAUUUUAUUUUACAUAUCCUUUCUAGUUUUUUUGUCUUUUCAUUUUCUGAUAUUCUGUGCUGGAGCACUUUCACCUGAGAGAGAGGAGAGUUGGGAUGGCAUUGAGAUUCAACCUCAGCUGUCAGCCUGUCUCAGGAGGAAUGUGAAGACUGUCCCCUCUGCUAUGUUUCCGCAAUCAAUCAGGAGCAGUCUGAUGCGUGGCCGUGUUGUAGCUAUUUUCCAUGUGACAUGCGGUGAUUAGCUGUGGCAUUUAACAAGGGGAAGGAGGUAAUGGGGUUUCCACCUGCACAGUUUACCCUCCGUGAUGAUCUACCUCGUACGUCCCCGCGCUCAUCGCCCUUAAACCAAACCCUGCGUCUCAUCCAGUUCGGUUUAUUGCUAUGGUCCUUGCUGUGGGACACACCAUAUUACAUUAGAGAGGAGACUGAAGGGUCUAGUUGCUCCCAGUGAAGCGGAGUCUGUUUUUCUGGAGUUCAAGUUGCAGGUGGACCACGUGCCAUGCUAAAGUGGGCGAGAGUCCGAUUGCAGCGUGGAACAUCUCUGAUCGGUUCAGAAAAGUUGCUUUGCUAGAAACGGAUGUGUUUAUUUUUUGGUGUAUAAAUGUGAACGAUUCUUGUACAUUAAACCUUUGUUAGGAUCUUG